UUCACAUUCUUCGCUUAGCUUGUAAACAUUACAACAUGAGCAAAGGAGCAAAUUCCACUUUUCUGGUGUUGUCCUCUUUGAAUGUCCUAAACAAUCACUGAAUCAAAGUUGAGGAACAUUGUUACUUUUGUGAACAACUUUCCGGCGUCACGUUUUACCUCCCCUCUCAAGAUGACGACUCUACAUUAUGACUUGUCACACACCCUCCCUCCCCACACGCUGUCCCGGCUGGCACGGGAGUGGCUGGCAGAGGACACACCGAACUUUGACCCUGCAGGGCUGUGUGUGGGGUCACAUGAGGUCGAGGCCAGGUUGUUGUGUAAAACGCCGUGCAGCAUGCUGGCAGGCAGGCCUUUCUUCACUGCUGUCUUCACUGAGCUCAGCUGCACUGUGGAAUGGGCACACAAAGAGGGAGCACAGCUGGGUCCAGAUGCGGUGGCCCAGACUGCUGUGGUCAGAGGCCCAGCAAGAUGUAUCCUCCUCGGGGAGAGACCGGCCCUCAACUGCCUGGCCCGGGCCUCGGGGAUAGCCACCCGCUGCUCCCAGCUACAGAGCAUCGUCAGGGAGGCAGGCUGGCAUGGCCAUGUGGCUGGCACGCGUAAAACCACCCCUGGGUUCCGGCUGGUGGAGAAGUAUGCCAUGCUGGUGGGCGGCGUGUCCAUGCACAGACAGGACCUGAGUGGGAUGGUGAUGCUGAAAGACAAUCAUAUAUGGGCAUCAGGGAGUAUCACACAGGCGGUGAGGGACGCCCGCUCGGUGUGUGGCUUCAGCAGUAAGAUUGAGGUGGAGUGCGGCAGCCGGGAGGAGGGCAGUGAGGCGGCCACGGCAGGAGCCGACAUCGUCAUGCUGGACAACUUUAAGCCACAGGAACUCCAUGCGGCAGCCCAGCUUCUGAAGGAGGAGUUCCCUUCUGUGCUAAUCGAGGCCAGUGGAGGGGUGACCCCAGACUCCCUGCCCCAGUAUCUCUCCCCCCAUGUGGACAUCAUCUCUCUGGGCUGCAUAACCCAGGGCUGCCCCGUGGUAGACUUCUCCCUCAAGGUUCAAAAGCCUGUUGCCUUUCCAAUUAUUUUCCAAUCAAAGUAACUGUGGCAAAUCAGGAUUUUUGUUAAUAAAGUGAAAAUAAAAAGCAACGGUCAAUUUCC